CCUGGAAUUUAGCAAGGAUUUUUUUUUUUUUUCCAAAAUCGCACAAUUCCCCCCUUUUUUCUGACUCGCGAGAAAGUCUGUCUUAAAUAUCCCCUAUAGCCCAGGCCACUCCGAAUUCUCCCCGGAACUCCUGAGGACAUAACUCAAAUAUUUGAAAGCAGAAAUCAAACUACGUUUCCCAUGGAUCGCCGCUACUCUUUGCCCACCCAGCGUUUGAUCUCUGUAGACGGUGGCUGAAAAGGGACAAUGGUUUCCAUGUCAGCGAAUAAACGCUUUGGUCUUAGCUCCAGGAUGGGGGAGGCUGUAGUGAUGAGCGAGGAAGAAACUUGAAAGGAGCCGGCGACUAAUAGAGCAAGAGCCAUGCCACGCCGGGGCCUCGUUGCCGGGCCAAACUUUGAGUUUUUCCGGCGUCGGUAUUUCACGCCGAUUGAGGUGGCUGAACAUAACCAACCGGACGACCUCUGGGUGUCUUACCUGGGAAACGUAUACAACCUAACGCCGUUGGCACUAGAGCACGUAGGAGACCUGCUGCUGAAACCCAUCUUGGAAGUUGCGGGUCAGGACAUCAGCCACUGGUUUGACCCAAAGACCAAGGACAUCCGAAAGCACAUAGAUCCGCUGACUGGUGCCCAGAGGUACCGCACCCCCCGGGGCCGCUUUCUGCACGUUCCGCCUCAGCUGCCUCGUUCCGACUGGGCCAACGAUUUCGGGAAGCCCUGGUGGCAGGGGUCGCGUUAUGAAGUGGGUCGGCUGUCCGCCAAGACUCGGAACAUCCGUAUCAUUAACACACUCACGACGCAAGAGCACACACUGGAGGUGGGGGCCCUAGAAUCAAUGUGGGAAAUCCUACACCGCUACCUCCCCCACAAUGCACAUGCUGCCAGCUACACAUGGAAAUACGAAGGGAAGAAUUUGAACAUGGAAUGUACCCUGGAAGAGAACGGGAUCCGGGAUGAGGAGGAAGAAUUUGAUAUUCUCAAUAUGGAUGAUGCACUCCACACACCUGCAAUACUGCUCUACUUCAACGAUGACCUCACAGAGCUGUAGGAAAGGAGAUGUAUGCUCAUGUAGACUCAAGACACAUUUUGAAUCUGGCUGUUUCUGUACCUUGUAGGAAAAGAGAUGGGGAUGGGGUGGGAGAAUGCCUGGACCUAGACUUACUUCCUACUCUGGGAAUUGACCUGUGGUUCCCAUGCCCUUAUGAGAUAUAAAGGUCCAGUUUCACAGGUCCAUUAUAAUUUACUGAGGAAAUUAGGGAGAAUGUUAGAAGUUAAUUUUUUUUAAAUGAUACGACAAAAUAUCUUGGACUAAGGAGAUGUAGAAGAGGAUAGAGUUCAGAUAGAACUUUAAAAAUAUAUUUUUAUUGAUUUCAAAGAAAGGAGAGGGAGAGAGAAACAUUAAUAAUGAG